AUGUCUUCACAAAACAAAAGAAUUGCUUUGCCGGCAAGGGUUGAACCGAAGGUUUUCUUUGCUAAUGAAAGAACUUUCUUAUCAUGGCUCAAUUUCACUGUAAUAUUAGGAUCAUUAGGUGUUGGUCUUUUGAACUUUGGAGACUCUAUAGGUCGUAUUUCUGCCGGUUUAUUCACUUUCAUUGCUAUGUUGACUAUGGUAUAUGCAUUAAUUACGUACCAUUGGAGAGCUAAGGCGAUCAGAUUAAGAGGUACGGGGCCAUAUGACGACAGGUUUGGUCCAACUAUGCUCUCCUUCUUCUUAUUGAUAGCGGUGAUAAUUAACUUUGUACUAAGAAUCAGGGGAUGA